AGCAACGCCUGACAACAACUUGUUUCAAGCCGACACGUUGUCCUGAGUGUUAGAUGCAGAAAUGUCUGUACCUUUCUCCAACACCAACCUUCGUGUUCCACGUGGCUUUGGAAAUAUUCUGGAGGGCCUUGCUAGAGAAGUGCUGAGAGAACAGCCUGAAGACAUCCCCACCUUUGCUGCUGUGUACUUCACAGCACUUCUCAAACAAAGAGAGGAAAGUGGCCUUGAUCCAGCUGAAUGGGGUGCCCGGCUGGAGGACAGGUUCUACAACAAUCAUACUUUCAAGAAUACAGCAAACCAAGGAAACUCCAGCUCAGCCACAGCAACUGGGAGCUCUGUGAAUGAAGACAAAGCUGAUCAGGCUGAAUCUUUAGAAAAUGGGGAUCCAAUUAUCCAGCCAGCUCAGAGCUCCUCACCUUCAUCUGAGACCCCUGAUGCCUCUAAAGAUGAAGAAAAGCUGGAGCCACAGCAAAGCAAUGAGCUUGAUAAUAAAGUAGAUGAUCAAUCAGGUGAAACUGAUCCUGGACUCACUGCAGAGAUUUCAUACAGAGGAACUGCUGAUGUUGAUAUAUGUGCUGAAGAACUUCAAGACGUGGAGAUCAAGGAGCAAGGAGAAACUGGUGAGGUUGAUGAAGAAAAAGAAACAGCAGAUAAAGAACUUGAGCCUACACCUCUGUCCUCAUAUCGUGGUCUUGCGGAUGUAUAUGUAUGUGCUGAAGAGCUGCAGUCUACUUUGCAGGAAGAUGAUCCUGUAAAAGAAGACACUGAGAGCAGCAGAGAUAUGAUUGAUGCGAGUCUUACUGGAGUUUCUGUCCUCGGCGAGGAAGAACUGUCUGAAUCUCAAGAUGUCCUGUAUACCCAUGAUAAACUGACUCUGACUGGCUAUGAGUCCCCAGCACAUACUGAGCAGGAUGCUGCUGAAGAGUUAAAUGACUUCUCAAACAAUGAAAAAGCAGUUGCUGUCCCAGUGGAGGAAGAGAAAGAAAUUGAUGACCUUUCUGAAGAAGCUCAGAACACUCUUUCUGAAAUGACUGAUGCUUUGUUUGAAGAACCUGAGGGAGAAAAUAGUCAUGUUGAGCAGUUCAGUUUAAACAAAGCAGCAGAAAGCAUCACUGUUCCAGAAGGGAUGACCACUUUUGAUGAAACAAGUACAGAUCUGGAAACUGAAAACCAGGAACCAAAGGAUGCUUUGGCAGAAACGGAGGCCAUGGAUGAGUCCUUAUCAAGUCUGGAAAAGGACAAUAGCAACAUUGCUAGUGCAGAAAUUGAGCAUUUUGUAAACAUAGCUUCUGAAAAUGAUGAUGAUUGUGACUGUGUCGACAAAAGUGAAGUCAUUGCUGAUGGAGUUAUGAGCACUGAUCCCCAUCAGGGUGCCUUUGAGAUGGAAGAAGAUGUGAAGAGUAAUGACGAGGAGACUGAUCUUCUUCUUCAAAGCAGCUCUGAUGCUCCAGUGGAGAAGUCGGAAGCUUUGGAGAGUAACACUAGUCUCAUUGGCACUUCCACUGAGGAAAUGAAAGAAGAUGAUGUAAGAAUAUCUCAGCAGGAAUUACCUGAGUCUGAGGACCCCACUGGAAGUGAUGAUCAAGAAGAUAAUGGCAUCAGUGGGACUGAGAUGAAGGAAGACCAUUUGUUUGGCAAUACAAGCACUCAAGAAGUUGAAGGAGCUUCUCACAGUCCUAUACCUGAGGAGACUGAGGUCAUCCUUGCAGAUUCACAAGGGCUGAAGAGUGAAGAACCUGAGACAGAUAUAGACCAAGAAGAACAGUCUAACCACCAGCAGGACAUCAGCCAGGAAAGUGAGGACAAGGAGAUGGAGAAUGCAGAAAGCAAGAGUGACCAACAGGUGAGGAGAAUUAGGAUGAAUAGUAAUAGGAGCGUGAUUGAAGAUGCCCCUGAAAUAGUUCAGCUUCUGGGUAACAGACUAUUGAGAAUAAUAAGCAUAGCUGAAAGAGAGACGGGCUUGUUCGAGACACUCGCAGUGCCAAGAGGUUUACGACCCAUUGCGAUUAGCACAAUACACGAACACGUUUAUCGCCAUCUGCUAUUGUGCGUCAUGGAUUGCCAUAUCGAGGAAUGCAGCCACCCACAGGAGGAAGAGGACGUCAUGGACAUCCCCUUGGAUGACCCAGAGGCCAACAAGGCAGCCACCAAGAUCCAGGCGGGCUUCCGUGGCCACAUGACCAGGAAGAAGCUGAAGCCAGGCGAGAAGCCUGGCGAGGAGGUGAGCAGCAGCGGUGAGGCCCUCAACGGCAGCCAGGGGGACACAGCAGGAGGAUCAGAAGGAGUAGAGACAGACGACACGUCCGUGCCGGAGCAGUGAGGAUGCGUCACUCUGUGGACAGCACGAUGACUUUUGGCCCUGUUUCUAGAGAUGUACCUUUUUAUGUAGAGAAAAGCAGUAGUCGUUGACUGGAUAUCUCGUCUGACCUGAACACCUUCUCUCUCCCUCGCUGUCUCUCUCACGGUCUCUAUUGCUCUCUCUCUUUUCUGCUUCUUAUCCAGUCUGGGUGAAUAGUUGCCCCAAACCAGCAUGCAUUUGCAUCUCACGGGCAUGCACUUGAUGCAUCUGUGCUCUUCCUGAUCGUGUCCUAGUCCAGAUGUUGGUGUGAAAGUGACAAGGAAUGCCCUUAGAGUUUUAACACAUACUGCUUGAGUCCGGUUUCUAAGUAACUUUAGUCUUGAAGUUAUGCAACAUGGUUGUCUUUUGUAUUUGAUAUUCAAUGCUAGAGAGAUUGCUUUCAUUAUGUAGUACGUAGUAUGUUCUUAGGAUUUUUUUAGUCAUUUAGGUUUUCGUGUUUAGCAGACAUCAUGAGAUGAGCUGUGUAAUUUAUUGAGAGAGAUGUAUUUAUUGCUAUUAAUUAAUGUUUUACUUUAUGUUAAAAUUGUUAUUUGUUUGCUUUGCACCCUUUAAUCUUAAUCUUUUUCUUCUCAGUCUGUAGAAUCAGAUGAAAAAAGAAAUCAGAGCUUCCAAAACAGCAAUUAGCAUGGCUGGAUUUCCUUUCUUUCUUUCUUUCCAUCCUUCUUUUGAAAUUGUCACAGUUACUGUAUUUCGAGGACUGUAAGAAUAUUGAUUUGACUAGGAAUGUAAGUUUUAUUAGAGACUGUAAAGAUUGUUUUGCAUGUACACAGUUUAAUGAAGCACUGUAUCAGCAGCAAACCGAAUAAAAGCUCUGAAAUGUG